AACACAAACCGCCGGUUACACAGGCGGCGGCAGAAUACGGAACAGCGACACAGCGGUUGGGACAGCGGCAGCGGAUUGUUUGUGUAGUUCUGUGCAGUUAGUUACGUGAAUCUGUACGGCUGUUGGGUUUUUUCAUAAAAAAACAAAGAUAUGACAGCGUUUGUUCAAAACUGCGCCAUCGACAGACACUAUUUUAACUGUGAGUAAGCUGUCCAAAAAUACCGCACAGCCCCUCCUUGCUUUCCCCCGGCUGCGUUCGGUUCCUCGCCUUCGGCAUCGGGCGUCCUAAUGGCGGACCCGAAAGAACCAGCCUCGGGCAGCGUGGAAGAAGUGAAGAAGGACCGUAUAAACGACGCGGAGCUGGCUCUGAAAGGAAUCAAUAUGCUACUCAACAACGGAUUUAAGGAGAGUGAUGAGCUCUUCAAAACAUACAGGACCCACAGUCCCUUGAUGAGUUUCGGUGCCAGUUUUGUGAGCUUUCUUAAUGCCAUGAUGACAUUUGAAGAAGAGAAAAUGCAGGUGGCAUUUGAUGAUCUCAAAGCUACAGAGAGACUGUGCGAGAGUGAAAACACUGGUGUUAUUGAGGCCAUCAAAAACAAGAUCAAGCGGAGUGUGGACUCUCAAAGGUCAGGGGUGGCUGCAGUGGAUCGAUUACAGAGGCAAAUCAUCAUUGCAGACUGCCAGGUUUACCUUGCAGUUCUGUCUUUCAUCAAGCAAGAGCUGUCAGCAUAUAUUAAAGGAGGCUGGAUCCUCCGCAAAGCCUGGAAGAUGUACAACAAAUGUUACAGUGACAUCACACAUCUACAAGAGGGCAGCAGAAGGAGGGCUUCAGAACAGCAAGGGAUGUCGUCUCCCUCUCCGUCUUCCACCUCAAACCCGUCCGACCGCAGUCGCUCCUCCUCACCUGGAUCAAGUCCAUCUCAGAGAUUAGACAGCAUCAGCCCCGAGGCUCUGGAUCGGCUAAAAGGAUCAGUCAGCUUUGGUUAUGGUCUUUUCCACCUCUGUAUCUCGAUGGUGCCGCCGCACCUUCUCAAGAUUGUCAACCUGCUGGGCUUCCCUGGAGACCGUCAACAAGGCCUGUCAGCGCUCACGUACGCCAGUGAAAGUAAGGACAUGAAGGCCCCUUUAGCUACCUUGGCACUGUUGUGGUAUCACACAGUUGUGCAGCCCUUCUUCGCUCUGGAUGGCGCAGACACGCAGGCAGGUCUAACAGAAGCCAAAUCCAUUCUUCAACAAAGAGAGGCUAUCUAUCCAAACUCCUCCCUCUUCAUGUUUUUUAAAGGCAGAGUCCAGCGCCUCGAGUGCCAGAUCAGUAGGGCCUUGACGUCUUUCAGUAAUGCCUUGGAGUUGGCCUCUGAACAGAGGGAAAUUCAGCAUGUGUGUUUGUACGAAAUAGGCUGGUGUAGCAUGAUUGAGCUGAACUACAGCGAAGCCUACAGGGCUUUUGAGCGACUGAAAGCUGAAUCUCGAUGGUCCCAGUGCUACUACGCUUAUUUAACAGGAGCAUGCCAAGGAGCCACAGGUGAUCUGGAAGGAGCUGUUGUGGUUUUCAAGGACGUUCAAAGACUUUUUAAACGCAAGAAUAAUCAGAUAGAGGUGUUUUCUAUUAAGAGGGCUGAAAAGCUCAGGAGCUCCAGUCUGUCCAAAGAGCUUUGCAUAUUGUCUGUGAUUGAGAUUCUUUAUCUGUGGAAAGCUCUGCCCAACUGCUCCACUGCCAAGCUGCAGACAAUGACACAAGUUUUGCAGGGAAUUGAUGACGCCUCAUGUGCAGGCCUGAAAAACCUGCUUCUUGGUGCCCUAAAUAAGUGUCUCCAUAAUACCAAAGAUGCCAUUCAGUAUUUCCAACUGGCUGUGAGGGACGAGGUUGGCUGUCUGAGCAACUCUUAUGUGCAACCCUACUCCUGCUAUGAGCUGGGCUGUGUGCUGCUAAAUUCCCCAGAGAAUGCAGGAAAGGGUCGAAUGCUAAUGCUUCAGGCUAAGGAGGACUAUGCUGGCUAUGACUUUGAGAACAGGCUCCAUGUUCGUAUUCACUCAGCUCUCGCCUCUAUGAGAACUGCAGCCCAGCCUUGAAUCUACACCUCAGAAAGAAACUGGAAGACAUGACUGAAAAAGCCACAGUACAACUUCAGACACUAAUGUUUCACUGUAUGUUUUUACUGAUUUUGUUUUCAUUUUGUUCUUCUGAGCCAAAGCAUCAUUUAAACGUGAAGAUAAAUGUUUCAUGGAAUAACAUUACAGAUGUUUUUUGACCUUCUACUGGACUUCACAAUACAUCAACAAAUUAGAUUUUAAGCGGUUUAUUUUAUAACUAGGUGCUGGUUAAAGCAGAUGGUAGCCUAUAAAUUAAUUUUGAAAGAAGGAAGAUUUGAUCUCAGAUCUACAAGUCAGGGCAAGUUAAGUUAUGGCACAUUAACUAUCAACCUUUUCAAAGCAAUUCAAAGGAAUGACUGUGUGAAGCCAAUAGAACCUUAGUAAUGGUUGCACAGCAUUUGUUCUGUAGAGACUUUGCUGAGUCAUAGGCAUGAGAGUCAAUCUGGGAUUUUUGGCCCACUUGAACAGCGUAGUUUCUGUAUAAAUAUUUCUUCAAUACAGGUUUUAAUAAAUGUGCAAACACUGUUCCAUGUCUUAAUGGCAUCAAUGCACAGCACAAAACUUUGCUGCAAACUGGUUUUACUUUAUAUUUGUUACAAGAUAAUAAAAAUAUUGUAAAGUUGGUAUUUUCAUUAUUAAGCAUUUAUAAAAAUGCAGGCAAUUUUUUUUAUAGACAACUCUGUUUUUAUACAGGCUUGUAAGUUAUUCUGAAAGCUGACAGAAAUGGUAUCUUGAUCUAAUUUCAUUACAGAUUUAGAAGAUGUGACAUUUACUGCUGAAUUGUUAUUUUAUGAACUGUCUUGGCAACCAGAGGUGUCGCUGCAAGUGAAGAAGGCCACCAUUAUCAGAUUAUAGUACAGACUAUACGAGUAGCUCAUUCAUUUCAUCACAAAGAUGUUGCUUCAGUGAGUUUAGUAUCAGCAGAUGGUCUGAAAAACCACAGAACUGAUUAAAGAUGAUCAAAGAAAUCUGCAGCACACCCCUCUCAACAUCAAGCAUAUGUAUGCAUGUCAAGAUGCAAACCACAGACAAGCCUGGGUAAACAAAACUAAAACAAAUCUGUACUGGAGCAACUGAAAGAGCAUAGAAAAGGAAAGAUCUGAAUGUUCCCAAAUCCACCUUCAAUCAUGCUGAAGUACAGGGGCAUAAAUGGCUGUAGAUGAGCUUGAGUAUCUUUAUUUACUGACUUUGAGACUGCUGAUAGAAGUAGAGGAACGAUUUCCAAAUGUUGUACUCGAAUUCACUCAUAAGAAAAAUUCACUGGUUGAUUACCUCAAACAUCCUAUAUAACCCAAGAGCUGCCACUUAACCACAUGACCUCAACCAAACUAAAAAUGUUUUUUUUUUUUUAAAUUAGUUUAUGAACAAAGGUAUAUUUAUUGGUUGUUAAAGCUGAAUUUGACAUGCUUUGACUGCAUAUUAAUAUAGUGGUCUGUAAGGCCUGAUAUUAGGAAUUUAACAUGAAGUGGAAAUAAUAGGUUUUCUUUUGGCUUUUAAAGAGGUCCUCUUGCUUUCUGUGUAAUCUCUUUGGAUAUAAAUGUUCAUGUCAUAACUAUUCAAUUUGAACUGAGUAAAAAUGUAGACAUACAUUUGGAUGCAAGAUUUUUUAAACUUCGAUAUUUUAGUUUGAACCUGUUUGCAGUGAAUUGAUGCCAAUUCAUGUCAGAGAACAGAACAGUACACUGUUCGUGUACAGCAAAACCAUGGUCCACUCAAGAAACCCAGGGAAUGUACACACAUUUUAUAAAAAAAACAAGGUAAAUAAGAAAACUUGACCAUUAAGUUUUUAUUUAGCAACAAUAGAAAUUCUGUUUAAUACCCAAAAGAGUGAUAACAGUAAAACUAAAACGUACAUGUAGCAGCUAUCAUGAGAAAUCAAAUGGUCAGUGAUUGACUGAAGGAGGUAAGGCUUGCAUAGUAAUAGUUAUGCACAUGCAUUUAUCAUGAUAGAUGGAUUUUGAUUAGGUUAAUGCACUUAGCACUACGAAUAUCAUCAGUUGUAUUAAUCUAUAGCAAAACCUUCACACACACACACACUUCUAUAAGUACAGAACCAGUGUCUCUGCUUUAGUAUAGUAAGGGAGAAAAAAGUCUUUACAGGGUUGGGUAGAGCAUUAAUCUCAACACAUGUUUAUAUGCUACAUAAUAGGCUUAAGGAUAGAGUAUCUUAUUCAAAAUCUUCCUGUUACCGUCAUGGUCAUCAGUUUUCAUUUAUUUACUUUUUUUUUUCCCCCUGAUCUAAUCUAGCUGACAGGUUUACAAUCAACUAUAGUAGCCUUUUAAACAAGCAAUGAGGCAAAUUUCUAAAGACAUUCCUUUACAUACUUAAUAUUUGCACCACUCACUGUACCAGAAAGAGAAAACAAAGGCAAAUGUACCCAAAUGAUCCAUUUUAAAACAUUGUACUGCAUUACAGUAAUGCAUGCACAAGUAUCAAUUCGCAACAAAGCUGUGUUUAGAAAACACCACAAGCUUCAUCCAGUCUCGCUGCCUCCUCACUUAAUCGACACUGACGCGUAAAAUGUCAUGACAGAGAGAAUUUUGGACAAAAUAACAGUUAAGCUGAGGUUUCUGUUUAAAACACACCAUCUAACAUGUAAUAUUUCUCAAAUACAUUCUAGUUUUUCCACUACAUGCUAACACCUCAUGUAAGUGGUCAUAAACCACAAUAAAUAAGCAAAAAAAAAAAAGUUUUGUGCCUUAUUUAUCACACAGACCAAA